AUGUAUGGCAGAAAAGGAAGGCCUCAUCCUAGUGUCGUCGUCGAGCAGAAUGUGACCCAAACCUUCCCCGCAGUCCAGAAGAAACAAUGCACAAGUUUCAAGCCUAGACCCGUCACGGUUAUCCACAGCAAUGUGACUAACGCGGCGACGAGGGUGAUGGAUGCAAUGCACGCUCCAGUCUACUUUGAGACAUACGGAAAAUAUGAAUCAUUUGCUGUGGAAGUGGUGGACUCAAUAAGAAAUAACAAAGUGUGCUUGAAUCGUAGACUCAAGACUUCCUUGUGUGCUGCUGCAAGGAAGCAGCUUAACCUCUUUGCAUCUAUGGUCAAGUGCUUCAGUUUGAAUGGUCACGACGAGAACGUUGACAUCGUGAUGAUAAAAGAAAACACGGGAGGCCAAUAUGGUGGGUGUGAUCACGAAGUUAUUCCUGGUGUUAUCCAAAGCUUUCAGGUGACGAUGAAAAAUUUAUGGUCUGACCGUAUCGCAAAGUAUGUUUUCGAAUUUGCUCAACUGAACAAGAGAAAGAAAGUCAUAGCAGUGCACAACAAGAGAACAUACGAGAAAUUCAUGAAACUAGCUGAUGCUUUCUUCUUGGAUUCUUGUCAAGAAGCUGCAAAGAUGUAUCCAGCAUCUCUUAAGACAAAAUAUCUGUUGAUAACUGUUGUUUGCGAUUUGUAG